UGUGACUGGCUUCCUCGUUGGGAUCUCCCUCCCUCCCUUCCAUCGCAAAGGAAGUCUUAGCAUUUGUAUGCAUAUUUGUUUCGGUUCUUUGCACAAAACCCCGUUUUGGACAGUAUCCAUCAACAGGAAAGCUUUGGAAGAAGCGUCCAGGAGCAGCGAGCAGACCCUUCACGAUGUGGACCUUUCUGGGUAUCGCCUCCUUCAUCUACGUGUAUAAAAAGUGUGGAGACCUCAUGACUUACGCUAACAAGGAGGUGCUGCUCUCCAUGUUAGUGUUUUUCUCCCUGGGCUUGCUGCUGUCGUACAGGUACCGCUUCAGGGGGCCCAAGCAGCAGCAGCAGCAGCAGCAAAAGACCCACCUGGGGAUGCUCUCUGAUGUACUUGCAACUUUACCACUUGUUGGCUUCUUCUGGGCCAAACCCACCCCAGGAUCUCAACAGGUUGAACAACCCAAAUCCAGAAAGGGUAAAAGAGACAUAAACUUCUCAGAUGUGUAUCUGACAGAGACAGCUCCAAAUACAACGUUAUCACCCCAAUACAACCCAGAAAUUAUCAUUGUGGGAUCAGGCGUCCUGGGUUCUUCCUUGGCCACGGUGCUCUCGAGGGAUGGAAGAAAGGUGACUGUUAUAGAGAGGGAUCUGAAAGAACCUGACAGGAUAGUUGGAGAAUUGUUGCAACCUGGAGGUUUUAAAGCACUUAGAGACCUGGGUCUUGAAGAUGCAGUAGAAGGUAUUGACGCACAAACUGUAAAUGGUUACAUAAUUCAUGACAUAGAGAGCAAGACGGAGGUUGAAAUUCCUUAUCCAACAUCUGAGGAUGGGCACGUGGCCAGUGGAAGAGCUUUUCAUCAUGGCCAGUUCAUCAUGGGUCUCCGAAGGGCAGCUAUGGCAGAGCCCAAUGCAAAAUUCAUUGAGGGGACUGUGGUAGAAUUGCUUGAGGAAGAUGACUGUGUCGUGGGUGUUCAGUACAAGGACAAAGAAACUGGAGACACGAAGGAACUUCAUGCACCGCUCACUGUUGUUGCUGAUGGACUUUUCUCCAAGUUUAGAAAACACUUGGUCUCCAACAAAGUUACUGUGUCAUCCCAUUUCGUUGGUUGCAUUUUAAAGGAUGCACCACAGUUUAAAGCCAAUUACGCUGAACUUGUUCUAGCUAAACCCAGUCCAGUGCUUAUCUAUCAGAUUUCUUCAACUGAGACUCGGGUCCUUGUUGAUAUUCGAGGGGAAAUGCCAAAGAAUUUAAGAGAAUACAUGAUUGAGAACGUUCAUCCACAGCUACCUGAUCACUUAAAGGAGCCAUUCUUAGUAGCAGUUCAGACUGAUCGCUUAAGGACGAUGCCAGCCAGCUUCCUGCCCCCGUCAGCUGUAAACAAAAAAGGUGUUCUGCUUUUAGGAGAUGCAUACAAUAUAAGACACCCUCUGACUGGUGGAGGAAUGAGUGUUAUUUUCAAUGAUAUUAAAAUAUGGAAGAGUUUACUCCAGGAUAUUCCAGACCUUUAUGAAGACUCUGACAUUCUUCAGGCCAAAAGGACAUUUUACUGGUCAAGAAAAAAGUCUCAUUCUUUUGUAGUGAACAUCCUUGCCCAGGCCCUGUAUGAACUCUUUGCUGCCACAGAUGAUUCCUUGCAUCAGCUGAAGAAAGCCUGUUUCCAUUACUUCAGGCUUGGUGGAGAAUGUGUCUCAGGCCCUGUUGGAUUGCUGUCUGUGUUAUCUCCUAAGCCAAUGGUGCUGAUCGGCCAUUUCUUUGCUGUAGCAUUCUAUGCUGUUUAUUUUUGCUUCAAGUCAGAGUCCUGGAUCAUGAAGCCUCGAGCAUUUGUCAAUAGUGGAGCCAUUCUUUACCGGAGUUGCUCGAUAAUAUUUCCACUUAUUUACUCUGAAAUGAAGUAUUUAGUCUACUAAAAUCCAGGGGGAAGUGACUGGAGGAAGAAAACAUGAAAAUCACGAUGCCUUCAAAAUCUUUGGAGCUCUACUAUUUAAUAGUGCAUUAUGUUUUCUUCUCUGCAAAACGCGAUUUCCUUGAUAAGGAUCUGACUUAAUUUUGGUUUUGUGGGUAUAUACAUAUAUAUUAUAUGUAAAUAUUCUUUUCUUUGCAAUUUCAGUCCAGAGAGGAGGUAGCUGUUUACAAGGACCAUGAUUAUGUGUUGAGACGUGGUAGAGAAUUGCCAGUUUUGUCAGAAUUUCAUCCCUUGCUUUUGCCAUUGCUGAGUGCACCACUAAUAUUAAUAAACUGAGAAGUGAACAUGGUAAACCA